AUGGAUUUGCUGCGCCUCCUCCUCAUCCUGCUGGCCAUGUGCUGUCCUGCGUACGGCACAUGGGACAGCUGUGGAGGGACCUGCGGGCUCCGGCCCAUGGCUUUUCAGUACGGCAUGUCGCGCGUCGUGGGUGGCACAGAUGCCCAGGCAGGGGCCUGGCCCUGGAUCGUCAGCAUCCAGAAUCCCUGGCAAGCGGGCACGGGUCAUACCUGCGGAGGCUCCCUCAUCAGCGCACAGUGGGUCCUGACAGCAGCCCACUGCUUCAUCGAGGCCAGCUACAUCACCAUGUGGCGCGUGGUGAUCGGUGCCACGCGGCUGACUCAGCUGGGCCCUGAGGCCCAGGUGCGCAACAUCAAGCGGCUGCUCCUUCACCAAGGCUACAGUAACAUCACGCAGAGGAACGACAUUGCCUUGCUGGAGCUGGACCAGCCUGUGCAGUGCAACGCCUACGUUCAGCUUGCCUGCGUGCCCGAUGCCUCGCUGAGAGUCUCGCAGCUGAAAAACUGCUACAUCAGCGGCUGGGGUGCCACGACUGCAAGAUCUGGACGAUCAACGGAUGUGCUGCAGGAGGCCCAGGUCCGCCUCAUUGAUGUCAACGUCUGUAACAGCAGCCGGUGGUACAGAGGGGCCAUCCACACGCACAACGUCUGUGCUGGCUAUCCGCAGGGCGGCAUUGACACCUGCCAGGGGGACAGCGGUGGGCCUCUCGUGUGCCAAGACAGCAGUGCAGACUACUUCUGGCUUGUUGGUGUCACCAGCUGGGGGAGAGGCUGUGCCCGAGCCAGGCAGCCCGGAGUCUACACCUCCACUCAGCACUUCUACGACUGGAUCCUGCUACAGAUGGGCCUGCGCCCAGCAGUGAGGGCUACUCCAACAGCACGCGCUUGGAGUCAUUUUGUCACCACGUCAAGCCCCGUUCCGAGGCCAAGGCCCACAGCAGUGCAGUCGGGCGGCUCCUGCCCAUUUCCAGUCCAGAAGCUGCUGGACUUCUUUAGCCGGCUGCAGGAGCUCCUGCAGUACCUAAGGGGAAAAACGGUGUGA